AUGGGGGAGUUUAGUUCUAGUGGUAAUGCGAACAUCGGUUUGAGUGUAGUAGAAAUAUCCGUGAAUUCCGCUAAGAGCAAUCCGACUGCGAAUACGUUAUUCUACACCACACCUACGAGCUCUUCGUCUUCAGUGGCGACGGGAUUAGUUGAACAGGCAAAAUUAUACAAUCCAACGAUGCAAGAUGAUCUUUCCGCCUCCGAGAAGAAUCAAGCAUCAAGUGUCUCCGUCAGUGGUGCUAACGCGGAAGAACUAUCUCUUCCGACAUCCACCUCCUCGGUUACCACUUCCGCAAUAGAUAAAAAUGUUGGUACAACGGCAGCCGCUGCAGCAGUAGCAUCCGCAGUUGCGGUUUCGAAGGACUGCGAAAAUUCUGUCAACGAUCUCUCGGACAAGUUGAACGAUCCGGUUUCAAGAAACAAGACAGUACCGACUCUACAACCUCUCUUCCAUCCUGCUGAGCCUAGUACACCAGCUGGAGCUCUCUGGUCGACAGCUAUAGAAGACGGAUAUGCACCAAAUUUUGCUAGUGUCAACGGAGGUAUGGGCUUUCAAAAUUUUUCUUCACCAACUCAACAACAAAUGUUUGGUGGUAAUAACAUGAAUCAGAAUCACGUGAACCAAGGCCGAAGAGCCAUCACAGCUAGCCACAAUUUUCCCCACAAUAUGGCAAGACAACAAUCUUUAUCGAAUCAUCCGUUGUAUAAAGGUUACGGUACCUGGGCCAAUCCUCCACCGGGUCAAAAUUGGUCUCCGGGAAAUUCUUCCAAAAAGAAUAUUGCUCCGUUACAUUAG